GAACUAGCGGCCACCCAUUUGCCAAACCCAAAAAACCUUACCUUCUAUCCAACACAAAAACUGAGGCCGAAACUAAAUAAAAUAUUCAGAAAAAGAGUCGUCUGCCUGCGCUUGCUAGCUUGAGAUGUCUGCUGUCCUUCUCCGGGUGGUUUGCCCAGUAGAUAACGCUCAGCCUCUGCUCAGUCUUAUGCCCAGAAAUGGCAGAGGAAGGAGGUGUAAAUUGAGCUCCACUGGGGUCUCGGCUGCUUGUUCAAGCGCAGUUGCACACCCAUCCAGAUCCUCGGUGGAGAGGGUCUAUGAAGUGGUGCUCAAGCAAGCAGCUCUGGUUAGAGAGCAGAGGGGAGAGAGUUCUCUGAAUUUGAAAAAACCCAUUGAGACUGAUGGCAUGGCUGAUUGGAAUCUGUUGAAUGAGGCUUAUGAAAGGUGUGGCGAGGUCUGCGCUGAAUAUGCCAAGACAUUCUACUUGGGUACAUUACUCAUGACACCAGAGCGGCGAAGAGCUGUUUGGGCAAUUUAUGUGUGGUGCAGGAGGACCGACGAGCUUGUGGAUGGGCCUAAUGCUUCACACAUCACACCAAAGGCUCUGGAAAGAUGGGACAACAGAUUGACUGAUCUUUUCCAAGGCCGCCCAUAUGAUAUGUAUGAUGCUGCCCUCUCUGAUACCGUCUCUAAGUUCCCUGUUGACAUACAGCCCUUCAAGGACAUGAUAGAAGGGAUGAGGCUUGACUUGAGAAAAUCAAGAUACGACAACUUCGAUGAGCUCUACCUUUACUGCUACUAUGUUGCCGGAACUGUUGGUCUUAUGAGUGUUCCGGUAAUGGGGAUAGCACCGGAAUCAGACGCUUCCACGGAGAGUGUUUACAAUGCUGCUUUGGCCCUUGGAAUCGCUAAUCAACUCACCAACAUUCUCAGAGACGUUGGAGAAGAUGCUAGGAGAGGAAGAAUUUACCUCCCGCAAGAGGAACUUGCACGUGCUGGCCUUUCAGACGAAGACAUAUUUCGCGGCGAAGUGACUGAUAAAUGGCGAAGUUUCAUGAAGGGCCAGAUAAAGCGAGCCAGGAAGUUCUUCAAUGAAGCGGAGAAGGGUGUUGGGGAGCUCAACUCCGCCAGUAGGUGGCCGGUGUGGGCGUCAUUGUUGCUAUAUCGACAGAUCUUGGAUGCCAUUGAAGCUAACGACUACAACAACUUCACAAAACGGGCUUAUGUAGGAAAAGCAAAGAAACUGGUAUCACUUCCUGUAGCUUAUGGCAGAGCACUCAUGGGGUCCUCAGAAUUGGCCAAAUUGGUUGUAAGAUGAAUCCGAUACUUUUGCCAUGUUUGUACGUUCUCUCAUCGUAUUGGAGAAAUUCAUAUUCCUUAGGUCCUUGAGAAUGAGUGGAAAUGUGUAAAUUCCAAGUUAGUUAAAUUGAAGGAAAUAUUUCUUAUCGUUGUGUUCCGGGUUUGUGAGAAUGCAAACUAGAUUAUCGAGGUGAAA